AUGACUGAAAACAGUGCCGACAGCACCAAUCCUUCAGCAGCUAAAAUCGAUCUGCAAGGACUUGAACUAGCGGAACAUCAUUUUGGUCCCUUGCUUCAGCCAACCCGUGCAACACAGAACGCAUGGUCCAAUUAUUCCAUCAAUCGCCUCCAAAUCAAUCAAAAAUACUGCACACUUGUCUCAGUCCCAGGCAAGGGUUCUGAGGAUGGCUCUAAGGAGGAUGAGUACGACGAGUGCUCUUGGCUUUUCGACAACGCCAAAACUUGCAUUUCUCAGAUUGAGAAAGAGAUGGAUUUGGAGCAUGGCACCCUCCAGAAAUGUAUCACUGUUGUAGACAACGAAAUGUUACUCGACGGCGGCGAGGGCACGGAUCCACGUUCCGCCGAUCUGACAGUCAGGAUCUACUCACCCACUGCGCCAAUGUACAUUGACGUGCAUUUUCAAUACUACCUCCGUUCGCGUUUUUCAUCAGUCCAGUGGUUCUACUCGCUCGGGUUCAAGAUACACCGUCGCCCGUCUGCGACGGCGGGCGAUGUAUCUGUCAUAAAAAAAGAUCUCAGGAAGGCCCAUCCGCCAGAUGUGCACACGCGCAAUGGGUGGCAGAAUUUGUGCUGGGGUUACUAUGAUGACUCCUAUGGACACAAAAAUUGGCGCCCCGUUGAACGCGGAAAAGUGGAGUUGUACGAGGAGAAUGUUCUGGACGUUCACGAAGCGUUGUUUGGAGAGUUGGAGAAACCUGCUGACACCGACCCCGAGGCCAUGCUCGCAUACCGACGCUCACUCGUCAGGGGCAUACGCCUGCUUCUCGCCGCUGUCGGUAUUUCAUAUGAUGUUGCGUGCACUGAUGAUGAGGAGGACGAACCGCCGCAUAAUCUGACACUUGAAGGGUUGCACGACAGAUGGGUAGGGCGGAGGAUACGCAAUGCAUGCGGCAUCCGACUUGCCAAAGACGCAGAAGAAGAGAAGGAAGGUGCCUAUUUGCGACGAGAUCAAGCAAGGGGUGACGAUGACGAUGACGACGACGACGACUUCGAAGAUGACGAAGAUGGAGAUGACAAUUCUGACUACGACUUCUGA